AUGAAGUUCUCCACUGCCCUCGUUGCUCUUUCCGCCGUUGUUGGCAGUGCCAUGCUCGCCGAGGCCGCCCCUUACCAGGUCAAGGCCGUUUCGUGGGCCGAGGUGCAGCACAAGCACGCGCACCACUGGAAGUUCUUCACCCAGCCCCGUGGCGUCGACCUUCAGGAGCUCCAGGAGGCUAAGCCCUUCUACGGCCACUGCAACACUCCCAAGGCUUUCAUCUCGAACCGCAAGACUGUCCUGCACACCUUCCACAACAACCCUGACUUUGAGUUUAUUCAGGUGGACGACAACACCAUCUACGCCAACUGCAUCAACUGCUCGCCCCAGAUCAUGAGCAACUACUACCUCACCAAGCUCGGCAACUACAUCGACUGCCACGUCUUCGACGGCAAGAAGAACUAA